AUGCCACGCUCGUCGACGCCACCUCCCCAUCUCACUCUGAAUACGUCCUCGAGGGGCACCCCGGCCGCCAUCCCAAACAAGCACAUUCCAAUCUGCUCGCCUGGCCCGGCACCAUUCAGGGGUCUUGAGACUCCCCCGGCCAGUCCGCCAAAGGACAGCCUCAUUGAGACGUCCAGCAUCACAUACCCGCCGAGCACUCACUGCAGCCUCUACUCUGAAGACCCGCCCGUGUGGAUGAUCAGUGCACAGAGGCUAGCACAGGCCCUGGAGCACAUCUCGACGCAACCACUCCCGAAUCCGGAGCAAGUCUUUCCCUGGCUCCACGGUCUGCAUGCCGAGAACCAGAUCCAGCUCGCCUUCUUCGUCUCGCGCCGGAAGAGCGUCCGCAAGGUGCCCAAGUGCAUCCGGGGCAUCACAAUCGUCAAGACGGGUGGGGAUCUCAGCGUCUCUAAGCUGAAGGGUGCCAUUGCGCCCGACGAGCUGCUCCAAGGGCGAUGCAUGUCGGAGGAUGCCGGCGCCUUUAUUGAGCCGGACCCCAAGGAUGGCUUCUCUGUGCGCAACUUCCAGAUCCAGGCCUGCAAGAUGGCUCUUGUUUCGGAUAUAAUCGUGUAUGGAGAUGAUAAGACGAAUCCUGGGGCCACGAUUGAGUUGGCUAAGAAAAUCUCGCGGGCCCAGCGAGCAUAUGAGACCAAGAAUGGCAUUCAGCGGGGGCUCUUCAACACCUUCAUGUUGGGCGAUCAUUUCUGUGUCGUCGAGCAAAAGUACCCCGAGCUUGUGGCAGUCGAUCCCGAAGGCUGCAUGACGGGAAAAGUUAUGGACUUCUUCUACUGGGAACGAUUAGAGAUGUGCGAAAUGUCAAAAGCGUCCGAGAUUAGCAACAACGUUUACCUUGGGCCUACACCCGACGACGCUCUCGAAUGCUCAUCGUCUCAAGGCUUGGCCAUCGACGUGAACAUCGAGGCCAGCGACCUUGCCCAUGUACCUGAUCCUCGGUCCCUCAAGAAUCUCAAAAUCAGCCUCAAAGACUCCAAGCACGCUCCCUUACACAUCGAAUUCCCUUCCUCUGGCAGCAUCAUGCCUCCGACUUGGUCACAUGCUGAAGCGGAUGGCCUAAUGGAGGUGUGCAAGUGGAUCUACGAGAUUGCGAAUCCUCAAGAGGUCAACAAGCCAGAAGAACAGGCUGUCAACGAUGGCGAUGACAUUGAAAUGGUAGACAUUGCCCGGCCGCAGAAGGUUUUGAUUCAUUGUACAGAUGGGUAUACUGAAUCGUCUUUACUGGGCUUGGCUUACUUUAUGUAUGCUGAAGGCCUACCGGUGCACGACGCUUGGGUACAGCUCCACCGAGAGAAAGGGCGCAACUUCUUCGCGUAUCCGACCGACGUGGCCCUUUUAACUGCCAUUCAGCCACGAAUUCUUCAAGAGUCGCCGCGCUGGAAAGAGGACGUCUUCCAUAUUUCGGAACCACAGUGGCUGUCCCGUAUUGACGGAAGCCUACCGAGCAGGAUCCUACCGUACAUGUACCUGGGCAACCUCGGUCACGCAAACAACCCGGAGCUUCUCAAAGAACUCGGUAUCACGCGGAUCCUAAGCGUCGGAGAGUCUCUUUCAUGGCCGGAAGGCACGAAGAAGAGGCUGAACUGGCCAAGUGAAAACUUCCUUUUCAUCGAUCGUGUUCAGGAUAACGGCGUAGAUCCCUUGUGGGACGAAUUCGAUCGGUGUCUGAGAUUCAUUGAGCGCGGUAAGCUGGACGGCACGGCAACACUUGUACAUUGCCGAGUUGGCGUAUCUCGUUCUGCCACCAUCUGCAUUGCAGAGGUUAUGAACGAGCUGGGUCUAUCGUUCCCAAGAGCAUACUGUUUUGUUCGGGCCAGGCGCCUAAACGUCAUUAUUCAGCCUCAUCUCCGAUUUACAUAUGAACUCCUAAAAUGGGAAGAGUUCCAGCGUGAGAAGCGCAAUGAGCCUCUCCGCCGCGAACUCGAAUGGGCCACGAUCGCCCGUGAGAUUGCACUAAUGAACAAACCGUAUUCACGAUGA